CCCGUCCAAUCAGAGCCGGGGGCGGGCGCGCUCGCACCCGCCUGGACGUCGCUCCCAUCCGCCCGCGUCCCCGCGCGCACCUGCCCCGCGCGGCCCCAGGUGUCCCGUCCCCGUCGCUGUCACCUGCCGGGGCCGCGGGGAGGACGCCCGGAGGCUCCGGAGCGGGCGGAGAUGGAUUCGGUGGUCUUUGAAGAUGUGGCUGUGAACUUCACCCAGGAGGAGUGGGCUUUGCUGGAUGCUGCUCAGAGGAAGCUCUACAGAGAUGUGAUGCUGGAGACCUGCAGGACCCUGGCCUCAGUGGAUUGUUGCACUCAAUGUAAAACCAGUGGAUCAGUUCCUGAGUGUGAUAUUUUGGAGAAUGAAAUAUCCAGUGAAGAGAAAAGAGUAACAUUCACAAGAAAUGAUUCCUGGUCUGUUUUGGGAGAAAACUGGACGUUUCAUAACAUUGGAAGUCAGCACAAAACCCAGGAGAGGCGAGUGAGGGUGCUUCCUAUUUUGAACAGAAGUCAUUUGGUGGAGAGUCUCUGUGAAAGUAAUGAAGGUGAUCACUGUGUAGAAACCCUGGACCAGACUACAAAUCUUCCUGUGCAUGAGAAGUGUCCAACUGGAUUUAAACCUGAUGAAUGCAUGAAGUGUGGAAAAGCCUUCACGGAUGGUUCUCUCUGUAAAAAUUGGCAAAGAUUUCACACUGGACACAAACCUUAUCCAUGUGAGGCAUGUUGGCAGCAAUGCAGUUGUGUCUCAUGCCUGAGCCCUCACGUGGAAGCAGACGUUGUAGAGAAACCCUAUAAAAUACCUCAGGAUACUGGGAGAGCAACUAAGAGAAACAUGAAGAGUCUGGGUAGUAAAAAAUCUCUUGAGUGUAAGAAAUGUGGAAGAGCUUUCGCUUGCUUCUCAUCCCUUCAGGGUUGUGUGAGAGGUCACCAUGGACAGAAAACCCACACGUGUAAUGUAUGUGAUAAAGCCUUUAUGUAUUACUCGUAUCUUACACAACAUGUGAGAACUCAUAAUAAAGAGAAACCUUAUGCAUGUCAGCACUGUGGGAAAGCCUUUGGUUGUCACUCCUCCCUUCAACGACAUGUGAGAACGCAUGGUGGGGAGAGACCCUAUGAGUGUCAGCAAUGUGGGAAAGCUUUCAUGAGGUCUCACCAUUUUCAAAGGCAUGUGAGAACACACAGUGGAGUGAAACCCUUUGAAUGUGGGGAGUGUGGGAAAGCCUUCAGCUCUUCUGCCUCCCUGCAAGUACACAUGAGACUGCACAGUGGGGAGAGACCCUAUGAGUGCCAGCACUGUGGGAAAGCCUUCAGUCAUCACUUCUUCCUUCAAGUCCAUGAGAGAACCCACAGUGGGGAAAGACCAUAUGAGUGUAAGCAAUGUGGGAAAGCCUUCAGUCGUCACACAGCCCUUCGAGAUCAUGUGAGAACACACAGUGGGGAGAGACCGUAUGAAUGUAAGGAGUGUGGGAAGGCUUUCAAUUAUUCCUUAUCCCUACGAGAACAUGCGAGAACGCACACCGGGGAGAGACCCUAUGAAUGUCAGCAGUGUGGGAAAACCUUCACCUGUCACUCCUCCCUUCGAGGACAUGUGAGGAUACACAGUGGGGAGAAGCCCUAUGAAUGUAAGCAGUGUGGGAAAGCCUUCAGGUUUCCCUCAAACCUUCAAGUACAUGUGAGAACACACAAUGGGGAGACCAUAUGA